AUGGCUGAAGCCGCGGCUCUAAUCGGCCUCGUGGCCGCCAUAGCUCAGUUUGCUGAGUAUGGCAUGAAACUGUCCGAGCGUCUUGAGGAUUUCUCGUCCUCGGUCAACGACAGGCCAAGUGCCUUCACCGCGAUCAAAGUUCGGCUGCCCGCCGUCUUGGGAAUCCUCAAGCGCAUUAACAAACAAAUCGACAAUCACCUGCUUGGCAUUUCUGAAGCCGAGAUGCUAUUCCCUGUUAUUGCCAACACUGUCGGCCAAGUCAAGUCGUUGCUGAUAAUAAUUGAAAAGUCAGCACCGCCUAAGAAAGGCGCACUUGUUACCAGGUAUAUCAAGGCGAUGCGGAGUCUUUCUCUCGAUACGGAGGUUCAGAGAAUCGGCGAUCGGCUACAGGAUAACCUUCAGAUCAUUUCACUGUUUCAGACGACGGGUCUCGUGGAGUCAACUCAACAGCCUACACAACAGUUGCCCUCUCCAAGUCCAGACGGCGUUGCUAACUCUCACGACGUCGUUACCUUGAGCCAGAUCGCUGCGAUAGCUGGCGACCAAGCCGAAACGACUUCGAUCAAGACAUCAGAUGGUAGUUCAACAUCGAUUUCUGGUACAGAUAAACUUGAUAUUAAAUUGUCUGUCUCGAGCCUGCAACCAACAUGUGAAAGCAGGACCGCGCCGUCGGACUCGGACCAUCCUGAAUCAUCGCCGCACAAAACUGGACACGGGGGAAAGUCUUCCAAAGACUUCGCUUUGACCGCCCCGUCAGCAGACCGUUGCUCAUCGUCCUGCAGUUGCGUUUGUCAUCGACCAUACCAGCUCUCCACACCGUCCUUCUUAUCGCAGCUAAUAGGACAUCUCUCCGUCAACUAUGCCGGUCAAGCAUUUGUCAAAGUGCCUUGCAACGAACGGAAUUGUCGAAAGCGAAAAGAGUCUGCGGCACGUAUGACCUAUCGCUUUCCCAACUGGGCUUGGGAUCGAGUCGUUCAUAUGGCUCUGUCCUCCACGGCGUUGAACACCAAGGUGAAUCUUAACACGAUGAGGGUUUUACCUGAUUCUGCGGAGGUGUUUUCGGUCAUAUCCAAAGGUGACAUUAACAAGCUUCGAGACAUGUUCAAGUUUGGACAGUCCUCCAUCUAUGAUGUGUCGCGGUCGAGUUGGACCCUUGUUCAUACUGCUUUCACGCUGGGCAGAAGAGAAAUGUGCGAGUUCUUAAUAUCGGAAGGAGCAGAUCUUACUAUAGACGCCGCAAAUGGCAGUAAUGUCAUUGAGAGGGCCUGGAUCCACGCCCAGAAAUCCGCCAAAACUCCCGGAGACUAUGUCAUGUGUGAUAACGAAAUUCUGAGAGAAGUUGACCUGGAUGACUUCGUGAGCAGCCAGCAAUACAACCUGAUCCAGAAGAUUGUCCUCGGGAUCUCAAAACUGAAACUCUCCGAUGUUCUUGAAAGUUCAACAUCCGACAUCGAUGGCACUGACAUCCGCGGUGCCACGGCGUUAUGGUGGUCUGCCGCGCAGGGAAAUAUCCCAGCACUACGUAUGCUCCUGGAGAAUGGUGCCAGCCAUGCAAUUGGAGCCGCCAUGUCGCAGACUCCUUUGCAUAUGGCCAGGAACGCCGAAGUCGUUCGCAGCCUUCUGCAACAUCAGGCUCAAGUGGAUGCCAGAGACACAGCCGGGCGCACACCUCUGCAUUGCUUCUGCUACCGCCAAGUAGGAGCUUCAGCAGGCAUUGUCCGCGAGAUCCUCAAAGGCGGCGCCGAUGUUAAUGCAGUCGCCUCCGGUGGACAAACACCACUUCACUACGCCACCAUGUUCGACAAUGCAAUCCUUAUCCCACCACUACUGGAAUUCGGCGCUGAUAUAAAUGCCCUCAAAGAUGAGAAUGUCACUCCCUUAAUGGCGGGGAUUCGAUACGAUAAAUCUCGUGCCGUCAAAUGCCUCUUGGAGAACAAUGCCGACCCGACAAUCGAGAACCAGUACCGUCAGAAUAUUCUGCACGUGGCCGCAAUCUAUGCCGGCCCAGAAUGCAUGAAGAUUCUCGCUUCUUCUGAUCUUGGGCGACUUGAUCCAGGAGCCCGUGACUUCAAGGGUUGCACACCGUCGGAAUACUUUGGGGUUCGCAAAUUUGUGUUUGAUGAUUUGGAGCAAGCGUUCCGCAAUCUCAUCGGUGCUGCGGGAAGUGUAACCGGCGAUGAGUCCGAUAGGGAAGACGACGACAUUGAUAAACGAAAAGCAGAUGCUGGAGCCGACUGCCAACGGUUCGUGAUGCCAGGCUCCUUUUCGGCCUCAUAG